AUAGCUCGCCUUGUCGUGACUCGUGUGACUCACCGAGUAGGAACCUAACAUUAUCCAAUGGCUUCGACUUUCACUACAGUGCCUAAACCCUUCUUGUCUCUUCCCAUCAGAACCAAUGCUCCUACUCUACCUCACCAGGCCCUUCUCGGAUUUCGAAGAAAUUCCCUUAGAAUUAACGCCGUUUCCACCAAAUGGGAACCGGCAAAGGUUGUUCCACAAGCAGACAGGGUCCUUGUCCGUCUUGAAGUCCUUCCUGAGAAAUCCUCAGGAGGAGUAUUGUUGCCUAAAUCAGCUGUGAAAUUCGAGAGGUACCUAACAGGCGAGGUUGUCUCUGUUGGGUCUGAUGUUGGGGAAGUGGAACCUGGCAAGAAGGUUGUGUUCUCUGAUAUGAGCGCCUAUGAGGUUGAUUUUGGAACCGAUGCUAAGCAUUGCUUUUGCAAAGAAAGCGACUUGUUAGCAAUCGUCCAGUGAAAAGUAGCAUUGAAGUUGUGCAUUCAAUAAUAUCAUCUACCAAAAAGAGUUCCAGGUUUUGUUUUUCUUGUAAUCUCAGUGACAUCAUAUGUUCUGUUUUUCGAAUCUCAUGUAAGAGCUCAAAGUGUUGAAUUUAACAUGAAGAUUGAUCGGAAACCGAAAUUGUUGAGUAAACAAUGUUCCCUGAA